ACCAUAAACCAACAGGAUCUGCUGUAUGUCUUCUAUUGUUGUUUAUGUUAUGUCUAAACAGAAAGUGUGUGUAAAUAAAAGAGUGUGAGGGUGUAUGGCAUAUGAGAUAAGUAAUUGGUGGUUCAUUCUACUGUUGCGACCCCUGAUAUGGCAGGGGUUUCGCAAAAGGAAAGUGGGUGUAAUCCAAAUAACUGUCCUGUCACAAAAUGUCUCUUAAUACAGUCUUCUCUUAAAGCACAAAUAACUAUAAUGACAGACAAAAUGAAUGUACACUACUAUUGUGAAAAACAUUUGGUCCACUGAAUAAAUGCAUUAUUUCCAUUCUAGGUCAUGGUUCCUAGCAACAAUUUGCAGUCCUGCACAUUUGCUGAAGCCACCCAAAGUGGUCUUCAUGAUUCAUUAGUGGAUGUCAGUGGGCUCUGCACAGGCUGGAUUGCCCAGACCACCAGCACAACUGCUCUCCAGCCUUUGAGCCACUGGAGUCCUCCAGACUGUCAACACCACGACCCUGCCAUUCCGUCCCACGCCGAUAUGUACGUCCAGCCAAUCUGUCCUGGUUACACUGUGGUGGGCUCUUCCCCCAUGCUGACGUUUGCUCACACACCUCUCUUCACCAAUCUUGCGACUGUGAGCACUUCCAGCUCUGUCCUGCCGCAGGUAGAGGUGCCGGAUUCCUCCUUGACGUACAUUCCUUGGGCUCAGCCUUUAUCCACUAUCCCGGGCCCUGUCAUGCAGGGCUCUUCGGCCCUGUCAGCCCCCCAGCUCUUUCCAGUGCCUCUGACCUUGCCAGUCCUCCCACCAGAACCUCAACCUCCACAGGUGGAGCCUCAGCAGGCCCCUGAGGGCACGCUGGCCCUUGAGAAACUGUUGGAAGACGAUGGGGUCCACAAAGAAAGCUAUAUCUGCAAUUCCUCGCUGUUUGCAGAGGACAUUUAGCAUAUUGGUGCAUUAGCACUCUUUUCGCGCAGCUACUUAUGACCAUGCACACAUUGUAAUAUAUCAGACAAUACAGUUGUUUAAACAACGCUUUUACAAUUUAACGGGAAUUUUAUUUGAGGGUCUGAAAAUGCAAACUUUUACGUUUUUUUAAAUGAAGUUUAUAAACUAUAUUCGAGAGGAUCACAUGAUUAUGAUUGACCACAGCUGGUCCCGCAUCAGCUAAUGCAUGAUUCACCAAACAGAUGAUUCUUAACUCCUUUUAAAUAACCAGAGUUUCUCAUUUCAGUUAUUUUUGUCUUAAAGAAUCCCCCCAUCCACCCCUACUCCUCCUUA